GGGAGAGGGAGAGGGAGAGGGAGGGAGGGAGGGCGAGCGGGAGGGAGGGCGAGGGGGGAGCGGAGCGCGAGCGCGGGCGAGCGAGCGAGCCAAGAGGAGAAAGAGCGAGCGGAGAGCGAGGUGUGGAGCGAGCGAGGAGAGCCCGAGUGUGUGCGUGUGCGUGUGAGCGCGAGCGAGCGGGCAGGAGAGGGGCGAGAGUGCGAGCGGGGAAGAAUAAAAGGAAAGAAGAUUUUCUCUAUGUAUAUAAAGAUGGCCACGUUAGCAAACGGACAGGCUGACAACGCGAGCCUCAGUACCAACGGGCUCGGCGGCAGCCCGGGCAGCGCCGGGCACAUGAACGGAUUAAGCCACAGCCCGGGGAACCCGUCGACCAUUCCCAUGAAGGACCACGAUGCCAUCAAGCUGUUCAUUGGGCAGAUCCCCCGAAACCUGGAUGAGAAGGACCUCAAGCCCCUCUUCGAGGAGUUCGGCAAAAUCUACGAGCUCACGGUUCUGAAGGACAGGUUCACAGGCAUGCACAAAGGCUGCGCUUUCCUCACCUACUGCGAGCGUGAGUCGGCACUGAAGGCCCAGAGCGCGCUGCACGAGCAGAAGACCCUGCCCGGGAUGAACCGGCCGAUCCAGGUGAAGCCGGCGGACAGCGAGAGCCGAGGAGGUAGUAGCUGCCCGCGCCAGCCCCCUUCACAAGAUAGAAAACUCUUCGUGGGCAUGCUCAACAAGCAGCAGUCCGAGGACGACGUGCGCCGCCUCUUCGAGGCCUUCGGGAACAUCGAGGAGUGCACGAUCCUGCGCGGACCCGACGGCAACAGCAAGGGGUGCGCCUUUGUGAAGUACUCGUCCCACGCCGAGGCUCAGGCCGCCAUCAACGCGCUCCACGGCAGCCAGACCAUGCCGGGAGCCUCGUCCAGCCUGGUGGUCAAGUUCGCCGACACCGACAAGGAGCGCACGAUGCGGCGGAUGCAGCAGAUGGCUGGCCAGAUGGGCAUGUUCAACCCCAUGGCGAUUCCGUUCGGGGCUUACGGCGCCUAUGCCCAGGCACUGAUGCAGCAGCAAGCGGCGCUCAUGGCAUCAGUCGCUCAGGGGGGCUACCUGAACCCCAUGGCUGCCUUCGCUGCCGCCCAGAUGCAGCAGAUGGCGGCCCUCAACAUGAACGGCCUGGCGGCCGCACCUAUGACCCCAACCUCAGGUGGCAGCACCCCUCCGGGCAUCACUGCACCAGCCGUGCCUAGCAUCCCGUCCCCCAUUGGGGUGAACGGCUUCACCGGCCUCCCCCCGCAGGCAAAUGGGCAACCUGCUGCGGAAGCUGUGUUUGCCAAUGGUAUCCACCCCUACCCAGCACAGAGCCCUACCGCCGCGGACCCCCUGCAGCAGGCCUACGCCGGAGUGCAGCAGUAUGCAGGUCCAGCCGCCUACCCUGCUGCCUAUGGUCAGAUAAGCCAGGCUUUUCCUCAGCCACCUCCGAUGAUCCCCCAGCAGCAGAGAGAAGGGCCCGAGGGCUGUAACCUGUUCAUCUACCAUCUGCCCCAGGAGUUUGGGGACGCUGAGCUGAUGCAGAUGUUCCUCCCUUUCGGCCGGCACCCAGUGCCCUCCCGCUGCCAGGCCCCCUCCUGUCAGGGAGGACAGUGUCCAAUAAACUCCACCCGCAGGCUUCGUGAGCUUCGACAACCCGGCCAGCGCGCAGACCGCCAUCCAGGCCAUGAACGGCUUUCAGAUCGGCAUGAAGAGGCUCAAGGUGCAGCUGAAGCGGCCCAAAGACACCAAUCGCCCGUACUGAGCGCCGGCGGGAGCGUCCCCCGGGGGAGACCAGGACUCGCACAGGGCCAGUCAAAUCCACCACAGUCUCGCGCUGAGCUAGGAAUAAAGUUCACGUAAUGACAUGAGAGUGGAGAAAAGUCCCCCAUCCGGCAGGAUGCUGAACGGGCUACACUAAAAAACAAACCUCUCUCUCUCUCUAUUUAUAAAUGAGAACUGUUGGAUGACACCUUUGACAUAUCAGCCAAUAUCAGUCAAGCUGAAGACCCCAGACACUCUGUGCGACUGUAACAUUUCUUCAAGGAAAGGAUAGCGUCUGUGGAGUUCAGAGGGCACGUGUUUGGGGGAACAAUACCUAUGCCACAAAGAAGAAGAUGACGAAGAACAAGGAGAAAAACGGAACACACACAACAAGGCAACUUUCAAACAAAACCACACGCACGGGGAGGCAGAAGGGCUGGGAACUGGGAGGAGUUGCUGCUGCUUCCGACGCCACGCCGGCAGCCCUGGGCGCAGUGGCAGGCCGGGCAGGCGGGGCGGUGGGGCCCAGUCCCCAGGGGACUGAGCAGCUCUCUCUCUCUCUCUCUCUCUCUCUCUCUCUCUCUCUCUCUUUCUCUCUCUCUCUGUCAUUCCUUUAGCUAUUUAGGGACCAAAGGACCAAACUUUUUAUCGCAGAUGUGUAGCUCUAUGUCAAAUGGAGGGGGAGGGGCAGCCUCCUUCCUGCCUCGCCGCUGUUCCUGAAACAGCUUAGAGCGAAUUCUAUGAAAAAUGUCAUAAAAAAAAUUAAAAAAAAAACUUUGAGAAAAAAAUUAAAAAAAAAAACAGGAAAAAUUCCGCUUCAGUGCUUUUAAAACAGCAAGACGAUAGUUCUUUGAUACUUUGAGAGGCGCUUUGAAGACCCUCAUUGGAGUCUCUGACACUUUCCUACGGUUUUCUGUAUCAUAUGUCUGGAUGGAGCUGUGAGAUGCAGCAGCCGGUGGAGAUUUGGGGAAAGCCACGCGCAUAGGAAAACUCGCCAAUGGUGGAGUGUGAGAAAGCCAGGAGAGGACAGAGGGACCUGCCAGCCAAGGUCACUGUUGUGAAAAGUCUGUGAAUGCUUCUAACUCUUCCCCCUCUUAAAAUCCUAAUAGUUGUACAGAAUUUUAAAAAGGAAAAGUUUAAAAUACCUAUAUAAUAGAAGAAAAAUUAGAGGAAAGCAAAAAAUAAAAAAAUAAAAAGGACAAAAAAAAAAAAACCUAUAGAAGUUAGCGUUACUGCUAAAAUCCCAGAUGUUGUAGGCCUGUACUUUUGUAGCGUUUAGACUGAGCAUCGACCCCUUCUCCCCGCGAGUGCUUUCGGACGCCGACGUCCCCGAGGGCCAGGCCGGACUCUCUCCCCAGACCCGCGGGCUCCUGGCUGCCCAUCGCUGGUGGAGGCCGCGCCAUGGCCGCCGAGGCCGGGAAGGGCCGCCGCCGCAGCCGCCGCCGCCGCCGCCCUCGCCUCUCGCUUCGCUCCGGGAGCCGCGCGCGCUCGCCGGCUUCCCGCAAGCCCUGGACACCUUCCGCUUCGCUCGCCUUCCAUGCUCGCUGCAGAGACUUUCCGGGCAAGGGAGAAGUGGGAACUCUCAUCGUCAAACUAGACAACACACACACACACAAAACCUUAACAAAGAGAGAGAAACAUAAACAAUCUUUGAAGAAUUUCUGAAACUGUUUACAAGGAAUUUUGAAAAACAGGGAUGUUUAAAUGAUGCCGGCUCUGUUUUUCUGUAAAUAAAUUUGCAUAUUUUGUAGGACUUUUAAUUGUAAUGAUAGAGAAAAAAACAAGGAAAACUAUUUAAUGAAAGCACGAUAUUUAUCUUUGGUAAAUGACUUUAGAGCAGUUAAAAGACAUUGCUUAAAAAAACUCAGAAUCAGAAAAAACACUGAAUUAUUUAAGAACACAUAUAUUUUAAAGUAGAACAUAUUUAUUAUAAUUUAUUUGCACCCUUGGGAAGACUGGCGUUGACUUUCUGCCUGAUGCCUUCUCGCUGUUGCCCAGUUCACCUGGAAGCCCGAGGGCUCUCCAUUUUACCAUCUUUUUUUUUUCCUUUACAAGAACAAAGUUCUGGCUCCUCUCGGGCCUCCUGCCUUUCCUUUCUUUCCAUUUAGUUGAUUUAUUAUUACUGUUUCUUUAGUUUUCUUUUUCUUUCUCUCGACUCCUCCUUUUAGGAUGUCCAGAUGUAAAAAAAAAAAAAAAAAAAAAAAAAAAAACAGCUGCAGUUCAGUACAACUGCUCUUUUCACACUCCCUAAAACUCCUUGUAACCUUCUGUAACUAUUGGAUGACGCUUUCUCCAGCUUAGCCCUAAAUAAAGCACAGUUUAAAAAAAAAAAAAAACAACAGCAAGAAA